AUGCCUCUCCCCGGGGGACUGUGGUGGCUCCUCUGCUGCCGUCGAGGCUUCACUCUCCUGCACCGGGACUACGGGGACGGCGAGCUCAGCGGGGACGGAGACGAGGACGAGGACGAGGAGACCUUUGAACUGCGGACCCCGAGCCCAGCGGGCGGCGGGAGGGGCCCCUUGGACGUGACGCUGACUCAGCCUGUGAGGAGCGGGCCGAUCUCAGACAGGCUGCAGAGCUGGGAGGAGACGCGGAGCCUCAUCCCGGAGAAGGGGCCGCUGGAGGACGACUCGGAUGUGGUGGUGAAAGGCUGGCUGUACCGGGAGCCCCGCGGACGAGGGGCGCGGCCCUGGCUGCCCCCGCGCCGGGCCUGGUUCGUGCUCACCCGGGACUCCCUGGACCAGUUCAGCGGCAGCGGGCAGGGGGCGCGGCGCCUCGGGAGCCUGGUGCUCACCAGCCUGUGCUCAGUGACCGGCCCAGAGCGCAGGCCCAAGGAGACCGGUCUGUGGCUAGUGACCGUGUCUGGCCGGAAGCACAGCGUCCGGCUCUGCUCCCCGCGUCAGGCGGAGGCUGAACGCUGGGGGGCGGCGCUGCGGGAAGUGAUCGCUGCCAAGGCGCCGCUGGAGACCCCCACCCAGCUGCUGCUCAGGGACAUCCAGGAGAGUGGCGGGGAUCCAGAGGCCGUGGCCCUCAUUUACCGGCGGAACCCUAUUCUGAGGCACACCAGCGGGGCCCUGUACGCCCCACUUCUGCCCCUGCCCUAUGGAGCCAGCGCCCCAGGUCCGGGCUACGCGCCCCUGCGCGAGGAGGCGGUGCGGCUGUUCCUGGCGCUGCAGGCGCUGGAGGGGGCGCGGCGGCCCGGGCCCCUGAUGCAGGGUGUGCUCCAGACCUGCCGGGACCUGCCCGCGCUGCGCGACGAGCUCUUCCUGCAGCUGGCUAAGCAGACCUCGGGCCCCGCGGGGCCCCCGGGGCUCCCGGCCACCCGAGACCCCGCGGCCCUGCGCUACUGGCAGCUCCUCACGUGCAUGAGCUGUACCUUCCGGCCUGGGGGCGCCGUGCGGGGGCACCUCCUGGGACACCUGGAGAGGACGGAGCAGGCGCUCCCGGACUCGGAGCUGGCAGAGUACGCGCGCUUCAUCCGCCAGGCGCUGGGCCGGACGCGCGGCCGCGAGCUGGUGCCGUCCCUGGCGGAGAUCUCCGCGCUGAGCCGGCGGCAGGAGCUGCUGUGCACCGUGCACUGCCCGGGGGCGGGGGCCUGCCCCGUGGCCAUAGACUCCCACACCACGGCGGCGGAGGUUGCUCGGGAGCUGGUGGGGCGGCUGGGCUUGGCCCGAAGUCGCAACGCUUUCGCCCUGUACGAGCAGCGAGGGGCCCAGGAGCGAGCCCUGGCCGGGGGGACUCUCAUGGCCGACGUGCUCACCAGGUUUGAGAAUUUGGCAGCGGAGGAAGCCGCGCCGGAGGACCCGCCCGACGCCGGCUGGAAACUGUGUCUGCGACUCCACGGACCUCUGCGCCCCGAGGGGCUGGCCCCGGACGGCCACGAGCUGCCUUUCCUCUUUGAGCAGGCUCACGCGCUGCUGCUGCGCGGCCAGCCGCCCCCGCCCGACGACACGCUGCGCGCCCUGGCGGCGCUGCGCCUGCAGAGCCUGCACCGCGACUUCUCCCCGAGGGCGCCCCCGCCGCGCCUGGACCGCCUGCUGCCGCCCCCGACCCCGACCCCGCCGCAGCGGGAGGACCCUCCCCGCCCCAUCCCCAGGCCGCCCCCCUCCGCCGCCCUGCUGGCCGGGGCGAUCUGGAGCUCGGGCCUGGCCAAGAGGCGAGCGGAGCGGGCCCGGCGCAUCGGGGCCGGCAGCCUGGCGGGCAGCGCGGUCCGAGAGGGAGGAGGCGGCGCCGGCAUGGCGGCCGCCGUGCUGGGCGGCUGGAAGCGGCUCCGGGGUAUGGGCCGAGCUGAGGCCAUGGCGGCCUACCUGGCCCUGGCGGCGCAGUGUCCAGGGUUCGGCGCUGCUCGGUAUGAAGUUCUGGAGCUGAGCACGGAGCCUGGUGGGGGUGCUCCCCAGAAGCUAUGCCUGGGCCUGGGAGCCAAGGCCAUGUCCCUCUCCCGACCCGGGGAAACGGAGCCUAUCCACAGUGUCAGCUACGGUCACGUGGCCGCCUGCCAGCUAAUGGGCCCCCACACCCUGGCGCUGAGGGUGGGGGAGAGCCAGCUCCUCCUGCAGAGCCCCCAGGUGGAAGAGAUCAUGCAGCUGGUGAAUGCCUACUUGGCUAACCCCUCCCCUGAGAGGCCCUGCAGCAGUCCUUCUCCUUCAUGCCAAGACCUGCCAGACAUCUCCUCUCCCAGCCAGCACCCCGGCCUGGACGAGCCCCAGGGACACUCUGGCUGUUUGGGGCAGCUGCAGAAAUGA